AUUACCAGGGAGAUAAAGAUAUGACGUAAAAUGGUCAAAUAACUUUCUUAAAACCAUUCUCUUUCUUGCCCUGUGAUGGUCUGGCGACCUGUCCAGGGUGUACCCCGCCUCCCACCCAUAGACUGCUGGAGAUAAGCACCAGCUUCCCCGCGACCCACUGUGGAAGAAGCGGCAGAAGAGAGGAGCAGCAUGGCAGACGGCUGGGGAGAAGUGUUUCAUAGGAACCGGCUGGUUCCCCCGUCCGGCCAAACAGUCCGCCUGGCUGCGGAAAACCACCUCACCGCUUCCCACGGCUUCCAGCUCAGCCUCAGCCGGAUCACUGCAGCUCACCUCCCGCAGGACCUGUCAGCUGAGGAAGAUGUGACCUACCAGCUGCGAAUGACUCUGUUUGACAGAAAGCUCCAACACUUCUUUGGAAAAACAUGGAAGAGUUCACCUCAAAAGAUGAAAAACAGCAAAAUUCCCUUCAACGAGGUCCUUUACCUCCAUACAUCCUUGCUGUUGCCCAGCACUCUGGUCGUUGUGGAGCUAGUGUCACUGUCACCCAAACCAGACGGCUCCCAUCUGGCUCUGGGGAGAGGUUUCACCAUCCUGGAGCUUUUUACCAACAGGCCAGAGGGUCAAAGUACUGAUGGAGACAGAAGGCUGAAUCUACACCAUGGAUCACCGAGAGGCCUCCUCCACCCCUCACUGAAGGACCAGGUUGACUAUGGCAAUCUGUUGAAGGUAAUUGAUGGAGCACAUUUGGACUGUCAGGUAAAAACACAUCCUUCACUGAAAUCCGCAAUGCAUCUCCUUCCUGAGAAUGCUCUUGUGUGUGGAGAGGACACCAUACCUGGGCUCAUCUCCUCUCCAACAGGAGAUGUUCUGCUGAGGCCUCAGCUGCUCAAAACGACGCCCUUCACCCUGGAUAGACUGACCAUUUCCCUCCAGCCUUCCCUGGAGAAGUUUGAGAGCCUUCUGUUGCAGCUCAUCAAUGCUGACUGCCAGAACACAAAACAACCCGAACCAGAGGAUGCACAAAGAACAGUUGUCAUCCAGGAACGGAGACUUCAUGUCGGUGUGCAUAAUGGCUUGUGUUUCCUUGAUAAGCCCCAAGUAGUGGUCUUGGAGCCUGUUGCUUCAGGGGUCAGAGGACGAGCAGACAGCACCUCUAAGAAGAGCAUACUGGUCAAGGACAGCUCAGCAACAUCACCACGUCCUCAGAUGCUGGGCCUCCGCAGCAGCCUGGAGAUCAAACUGGCCAAUAAUCAGGCUUUGGCAAUCGUUUUUCAGCUAGAGUACGUCUUCUCUGCUCCCAUAGGCCGUGAGACUAUGCUGUCUGCUACCUCCACAUCCCGAGCUGCCUUCUUGCAGUGCCUUCGUUGGGGGAUUUGGUGCCCCUUCCAGGAGCUAGCUGACCGGAAAGGCAAAGAGGUACAGCUUGUUCUGCAAGGAGGUGCAAAACCGAACCCUUUUGGAGUGAUGGUCUACAGCACAGGGACCUCUGUCCAAACUCAAAGCCCUGCAGCAGGCUCAGCUUCAAGCACAGCUCAGGACUUGGAGGCGAAGGAUGAGAUAAGAUUUUGGCUGUUGCCCAGCGUGGAAAAGAUGCCAUCCAGCCCAAGGGCAUCGCUGAGGACCAAGCAGGAGGAUGUGUCACGUCAGAGAGCAUCACCUUCACAAGGUCAAAAACACGUCCCUCCCACCUCUCCUCCUGAUUCCCCUCAAGGCCCUGGGCUCUCACUGUCUCAGCUGGCAGCUACUUCACACUACCCGACCAUCAGCCACUCCAGCUCUGCGUUACCGGGGCAACAGUCAUUUCCUUCUCUGCUCCAUCCUUCCCCAUUGGCAUCAGCCCACCAGCUGUCACAUGUCGCCUGCUCUGCUGUCAGCCACAUCACCCACCUGGAGAUGGACUUUCAGCAGGAAGGUGAUGACAUGACCUCCAAGGAGAAAGAAGGAGACCAGCUUCAAGAGCUGCCCUUCACCCCUGUCCAUGCUCCUGUCAUUACUCUUGUAAUGAAUGUGCCGAGCUCCUGCUCAGUCAGCUCCAGGAGCUCACUGGCACACCUUUUCUCUGCCGGCUAUCCUGAAAUUGUGGACUGCAGCGGGCAGGUGGCAGAAGUCCUAGAUCCCACUGAACCCCUGCCCUUCGAUCCUCAGCGGGAGGAAGCUGACCUUUUGCAGGGAAACCUGCUGGUGUUUCAGUUUCUGGCAUUUACCAGAAUACAAGCCGCAGGUGUCGCUAGCGACUGGCCUCGCAACAUCUAUGUUACCUUCCAGUUUUAUCGCUUUCCACCUGUCACUUCACAGCAACUUAGGCUGCUGACCAGCGAUAAGGUUCAGCACAACGCUAGUGAGGCGCUUCCUUGUGUGUUAGCCACCAUCAACAGAGACGGAUCUGUUAAUAGUGGUUCUCCAGGUCUGCAGGUACAGUUCAGAGUUGAUGACUGUUUCUUGAAGACAGGAGAGAAGCGCUGGUUCCUCCGCUACCUGGCCCUCCACAACAUGCACAUCGACAUCUGGGACAGUGACUCAUUGCUCCUCAUCGGUUCUACAGCCAUCGAGCUCAAGUACAUGCUGCGUCAGGGAAGAUCUGCCGUCCAGGCUCUUCAUGAAUUGAAGGUCCUGACCACAGAUUAUGUAGGAGAGGACACCUUACUGACUGACAAAGAUCCUGGUCGACGCUCAGCAUCCAGCCCAAUGACAGUUUGCAAUGUUGUUAAAGGCCGGCUCCACAUACGAACGGGAAACACAGGAUGUCCAGUUGACCCUAGCAGGAAUAGAGCAGCAGACGGGAUAUCAUUUCAUUCCCACAUCAUCACACCUCGUGAAGUCACCUGUGGCUUUAAAGGAGGAAGCCUGUCUCCCAGAAACAUUCUCCAACUUAAUGCCUGUUUUUACUUGGCAGCAAAGGAUACUGUACAAGAACACAGGUUGGAUGGAGAUUGGAUGCUGUUGUACAGAAAUAGGAUCAGAGCUCACGACAUCACCCACGAAGUGCAACACCUUAACACCGAGAGCGGGCGGCGGAAGCUGGACUGCAUGGCUGCAGUGCAUCGACUGGAGGCUAAGAAAAACGCAAAAGAAGCCGAUGUUAUGGGUCUCAAACCAACAGCUCGGUUGAUCAGAGAACAUCAACCUAGCGAGGACUACAGCAAGGCAGAGGGAAUUGCAAAUAUGCUGAGCCAGGCCAUCACCACCCAUCAUCUUCUCUAUGCCAGCCUGGGCUCUGCUGAAUACAUGGAGUUUGUCCUGAAGAAUCCCUUUAACAUGCCUCAGACGGUCACCAUUCACACCGAUGACUCAGAGCUCAGUGUCAUCACUGACACCGAGGAGUGGCGUUACUUCAAAGCACUGACAAAAACCUCUACCCCACUGGAGGAGAACAUGUUUCAUGUGGAAAAAGGUGCUCCUGGUCCCAGGGUUUAUCUCCGGCCUAAAGAAAGUGUCCACAUUCCCCUGAAGUACCAGAGUUUCUGGUGCAACAACACCAUAGCUGUCCAGGGACCAAGCUUCUUACCUACAGGCAAAGGUUCCCAGAUGGCCAAGAGGAAUCUGUCCAACAUUAUUAAUGCCAAAAUUAUCAAGGUUACAUUCAGAGCAGAAGAUGGCAAGCCGAUGGCCAUCUGCCAAGUGAAUGUGGAGCCAACACCCCAUGUUGUGGACCAGACUUUCCGACUUUACCACCCUGAACUUUGUUUCCUGAAGAAGGCCAUCCGCUUACCGCCAUGGCAGGACCCAACAGCUGAAGACCCAGAUUCCUGGACUCUUAAUUCUGUUCGCUGCAGUGACCCUAAUAUCAUCUGCCAGACAAGGAUGCUGGUUCCAGGAGAGCCUCAGGAUGUGUACUUGAAAGUGCCCGGGAGUCCCAGUCCACACAUAAAGAUGUUCUUUGUGAUGGUUUUCACUGAUAAGUGGAUGGCAGCACCCUCUCAGAUCUGGCAGGUUUACGUGCAUUUUCUGGAGCGCGUGGACAUCAACUGUGUGACUGGCCAGAGAACCUGUCAAUCUCUGGUUCUGAGGGGAAGACAGGCUGUUCGCAAGAUCAAAUGUUUCUCAUCACACUCAAAGGAAAUUGAGGUGGACCCAGCCGGUGUGUUUGUUUUGUCUCCUGCCGCUGUGCAGGAACUCAAACUAAGGGUCCAACCAUGGCAGGCUGGCAGCCGCUUCCUGUAUGUGAAUGCUGUAGACAUGGAUCAGCAGCGGCUGGUCGCUGCCUGGCUGCUAUGUCUCAAUGUCCACCGUCCUAUACUGUCAAAGGCAUUUGAAGUGUCCGUUCCAGUUGCUAAUGGGCGUGGCAGCUCCAGAAAAAUGACGUACACCAACCCUUACACAAGCACACGCAAAUUCCUGCUCCGCUCCGACCAUCCUGACCUGCUUCAGUUCAGAGAGGAUAAAUUCCAGAUUGGCGGCGGAGAGAGUCACACCAUCGGAUUACGAUUUGCUCCCAGCCAGAGUCCAGGCUCGGCUGAGAUCCUGGUUUACGUCAAUAACUUGGAGGAGAAAACCGAGGAGACGUUCUGCGUGAAAGUCAACUAUUCUUGAGCAUCUGUCUGAAAAGGCUGCCUGUAUUAGAGCAAUAUUUCAUGAAUAUAUCUAAUUUUAUAUCCCAACAUUCUUUCAUUAUUUCUUGUAUAAGGUGUGUAGUUUGUAAAUAAGCAAUUUUUCCAAGUCUUGUUUGCUGGCUCACUUGGUUUUUUUCUAACACAAAUCUUUACGACCAAAACACACAAGUUUGAAGUUUGUAAAAAGGAAUAAAAAAGUAAUUAAAGCAGAA